GCGACUCUGUGAGGCUGGUACUGAGGCUGGGUACCAGUGCUUGGGGAGCUUAGAUCCCCUCUGCCGACAUAUCUCUCUCUCUACUGAGUAACAUGGAAUCCUUCCCCCAAUGAUAGCAGGGGCUUGGGUUACACCGGGCUGAGGGGGCCUACAUCACGAGCCUACAUCACUCUGUACGCGCUAGUCACACGCCAGUUCUAAAAACUUGCCCAACUUUGUUGGAGUUUGGUGCACAACCAGUUUGAUGGACGAUUUUAGAAAACACCUCUUGGAUUUUGAAGUUGUGUAAGAAAUUAUAUACAGUCAGUGCAAACGGCUAUAUGCUUUUUAUUUUGGAGUUUUAAAAGUUGUUUAUAAAUAGAUAAUAACAACAACAACGCCGGUGCCUUGGGUAUAUAGUUCGCAUUGUUGUUAUUGGUGCUUAUGUCUAGUAACCUGUCUCGGGUUAUCUGUGUCUGAGAGUGUCCGGGAUUUAAGGAUUAGCAACAGAAGCCUCACACUGAACUGGAAGAUGGGGGACAAUUCGGAUGAUCACACUACACGGAUUAAAACUUAAUUAUAAUCCUGUAUCGAUAUCGAUACCGGUGUAAUUAUUAUAAAAACAAGACUAACAAGUACUGGUGGAUUACACCGGUAGAUAACACUUACCAAGUAUAUAUGUGUAUACCUUCCUGGAUUUUUACCGAUUCCAGUUACGCUAUUGAACAGUUGAACAAUUGGACGUAUGUUGAUUGAGAGUGUGUGACAUACUUAGUUAUUCCCCAGGUGUUUGUGGAUUUUUACCUGUUGGACCUGCAUUAAAUACACCCGUGCCAGACUCACCUGUAAAUCAUUAGAUGCGGAUGAAGCUCAUCAGAAUGUGCUGAGGAUUCUUGGAUUCUGUGUAUGUGUUGGGUAUAGCCACCCCUUAGUGUUGAGGACAAGGUGAGGCCAACAUGAGCCUCGUGUUACUCGGUAUCUUACCUGUACUUCUGUGUUCUCACCUGGCCAGUGGUGACCUAGGUCCACCUGUUACCAUAGCAAGGUGUCGUGUCAACUGUCUACAAGUGACCUUGAAAAGGAAUGCUCGAAUAAAUGAUGCAGUUUGUCAACGAAAAAACAGUUGUCGGAUGUGUUGGGAUCUAUGCCCUUUGCUGUUCAGAAGCUAUGAUGUGUGGGGGUCUCUAUGUGACAACCAGGCUAGAUGUCACAAGGGAUGCAAAACAGCAUGUGAAUUCAAGGAGACAGUUCCGGCAGCUCCGAAGAGCACAAACGUAACCUGGACAUUUCCAGAGAAGCCCUUUCUUCAGCAGUACAGGGACACCCAAAGGUGUCAGGUGUUCUGGUCCCGCCCCGUACCGUCUGGCCAAGUCAACGGAAAGGCCCCGUUUGUGUACAUCCUUAUGGCACGUGACUCUACCGAAGAGGAUGGUCAUUGGACCGAAGUCAGUCAGACGUCGUCCGAAACAGUUGCCUUAUCUCAAUCAGAUCUACCCUUUUCACCUGAGUUCUGGCUAAUGGCUGUCAACAAGAACGGGACCAGAGUAGACAACUUUGUGGAUGCAGGCUAUUCACCAAUUGAAGGAUCAAUGACAGUUAAAGAUGUUGAUGAGGUGAGGGGAGUGGCGUCCACGGGAAAGCUGAAUUUAACUGUACGGAUGCUGGAGAGCCCAGACGGUAAAGUGUCAGCACUAAUUGAAUGGGACCAUCCAAGUCAUAUCCAGCCUCAUGCGGACCAAGAAAUUCCAUACUCCGUACACAUCUUUCUGCAAGAAUGCGGCAUAUUUGAGGACAGUCCGCAUUGCAAUAUACCUCCCCAAUAUUUUGAAUACCAAGUCUUCUUUCGUCUCUCUGACAAGCCGUCAUCGAGUAGGGAGGUGAUGUACAAUGCGCAGUAUAUGGUGAUGGUAGAGUACGAGGAUCAGACCGAUGUGUUCAGCCAGGACAAAGACUUCCUCACACCUUUCUGUCUUGAUGUAGACGAGGAGACAUUUAAGUACUGCCCUCCAGAUAUGUCCUUCUCUACUAUUACUCCCUACUCAGAGGAUUCCUCAGAAGAAAACUUGCGCUGGAAUAUUCGCCUGGUGCAGAUGAUGUACAAUGAAAUGACUAAGAGUGUGGAAGUGACCUUUAACUGGACGGUGCCCUUCAACGCUUCCAAUAUCCUGUACUACGAGGUCUUCUGGAAGGUACAGGAGACACCUGAACAGCCCUACACUGAGGGGGGAAGGCGCAACUUCACCAAAACCAUCUUCAGCAACGCUCUGAUAAAUCUGGAACUUAAACCACACCUCAAUUACGUCAUGCUGGGCACUGUGAAAUACUCGAACAUCGAUGGCCUAAUACAGACGUACACAAGUGAAUAUCUCUUCUUCGAUACUAAUAACACCGACGCCAUGCUUGUAUACAAGGAACCCCAGCGAGUCAUAGAUAGUCGAGAUAUCGGCUGGAAGAAGUUAAAUGACAUCGUGGUCGCCGCCACCUGUAUAGCCACAGUUGUCAUGGUCGGGUUGAUCGUCUUAUUCAUUUACAUGAAACGGCAGAGUUUCAAAGACAUCAUUAUCACCAAAACAGCCGUGGCAAAGAGUAACAGCUACAAGUCCAACGUGGGAUGCAAAGUAGACUAUUCUAACCAGCUACUGGUAAUGAGCGAUGAAUGGGAACUGGAUCCGCGGUUCCUCAAGUUCUCCAGUCCCAUAGGGCAAGGAGCAUUUGGCAAAGUCGUCACCGGUUUUUACAAGGAGUCGAGGGUUGCUAUCAAACUUGUCAGAGACAGUGCACCUCUGUCCUACAAAGAGGACCUGUUGGCAGAAAUCAAUCUGAUGAAACGGAUAGGGUCUCAUCCAAAUAUUGUAUCCAUGAUUGGAGCCUGCACUCUCACGGAACCAAUCGCCUUGGUGAUGGAGUAUGUUCCCUAUGGCAACCUACAAAACUUUCUCAAGAAAUGUCGAUUAGAAGGUGACCUGCAAAAGCGUGUUGGCCGCCCUAGUGAGGUUGUCUACUCGAUCGUCGGAGUGAACGGCGGAAUCGAGAGUGGUGUCAUCACUCCGGCAGACAUGCUUUCAUUCGCUAGACAAGUUGCCAUGGCAAUGGAAUAUUUAUCUGAAAAGAAAUACGUCCAUCGUGAUUUGGCAGCCAGAAACAUUUUACUGGACUAUAAUAAGGUAGUCAAGGUGUGUGACUUUGGUCUGUCUCGAGACAUCUACAAUGACAAUCAAUAUCACAAAGUGACCAGUGGAAAGCUUCCACUCAAGUGGAUGGCCAUAGAGUCUUUGAGGGACCGAAUCUUUACCACUCAGAGUGAUGUCUGGUCGUUUGGUAUACUUCUUUGGGAGAUCGUCACAAUGGGUGGUUCACCUUACACAAACAUAGCACUGGCAGAUCUGUACUAUGUCCUGGCGAACGGUUACCGCAUGGAAAAGCCAAGCAAUUGCUCAAAAGAAUUAUACGCUAUUAUACGUCGCUGUUGGAUGGAGUCCCCUUCAGACAGGCAGACAUUUUCAGGUCUUCGUGUGGAGAUAGAACAACUCCUGAGUAGGGACCGUGACUACCUGGAGCUAGAGAAUAUUGACGUGCCUAUAUCCACGUCAGAGAGUAGUAGUUUACCUAAAUCAGAAAAUGACACCAUUUCCCUGUUAACUGGGCGGCCAACACAACCGCAAAAAUCAGUGACAAUAUCAUUACCUUCUCCAGAAUCCCCCACAGGAGUUGUGGGUGUGGAGAAGUCAACGGAGUGGCUGAUUCGGGGUCGGGAUGAGGAGACAAUGUCCUGAGUGGUUAAUAUUUGUUAAUGGACCCAGUUUUCACCAUAGAACAAAGUGGCCACACCCGCAAAAGAAUUUGGGAUUCAAACAGUUUUUCCUCAGAAUACAAUUUAAAACAACGAGUGACAUGUGUGCACUGAAGAAAGAGUUUGAUUAAGCUCAAAUAGCAUUGACCUGACUCAAAGAAAAACGACUUUGAAUAGGAGGGUCGGUCUUGCAAAACAAAAUGUGAUAAAAUUAAGUUAUGAUUACAAGUGUGCAUGAAGGGUUGUAACCUCCAGAUAGAAACAGUGAGAAGACACAUUCAAACAGGCUGUGUGGGAUCAAAACAAUACAAAAGUAAUUUGUAAUCCAUGCGCCAUGACACAAACGAAGUUAAAUUCAGUGUUUAAAACUUUCUUUCCGAAUAAUUCAUAUUCUUACAAAAAAGCCGAUGUUGAGAGUUCAACUGUGUAAGCCAAAAUGCACCAGGCAGGUGUCCGCUAGUGAUGCGUUGUUGGACCACCGUGGGAAAGCAGGGAAUAACAUCAAUCAGAAGGACACAUCUAUUUAAGUGUCAAUUUAAAGUUGGCAGUGUUGUGAGGGCAGAAACAUGUCUCAUGUUGGACCAUUACCUUUGUGCUAUCUUUGUUGAUCGUGCUAGUCUGUGCAAUGGACACAUAAGAAAAAGCACUAAUUGUUUUUCAAGUAGUGUUCAGACCACUGAAAGAUGAUGUUGAUUAUUAUGUAUUGUUUUAAUUGAUGGGAGGAAACUGAUGUAAAACGCGCACAAUGCUGGGUAAGUGCACUUGUUUAAGCAAUAACUCAUUACAUAAAAUUAUCAUUUGUCCAUAUUAUGUGUAAGCAGAACUGAUCAGUUAAAGGAAAUGUAUAGAAUUAACCAGUGUCUUUGCUGUGGCAGUCUUUCAUGUUUUUCUCUUUUUCGUGAGAAUGGGCUGUUUUUUGGUAGCUCCUAAUUAUUCCUCUGUCAUUAAAACAAGAAAGCUUUUUUCAGGUAAACAAAGAAAUUGGCAAAGGAACGGUUGCAAUGAAUUUCUUUUAAGUUUUUUUUGUCUUUAUUGUCAUUUUCUUGUGAACAUUAUUUGUAUCUAGGAUUCUCGCGUCCUUUAUCAGUUAUUCCGUGUCGUAAUUUAGGUAUAAUUUGACUUUGAUGCACUGUUCAGCUAAGAGUUUCUCCGUUAUGCUAAUUACCGAAUUCAAAGGGGUCUUGGGGAGCUGGAAUCCUCAACCACUCUGCUCCAUUUGUCAUGGCGAUGUAAUUUUUUACAUGGAAGCUAUGUAAAUGAAAAUGAUUAUGAAAUGGCACAGCUUUUAUCACAUUUUGCACCAAAUUAUGGCGCGUGAUUAGACAUCCCGUGCAGUGUGUAAUGUAAAUUUCAAACAAGAAACUUUUGUUAAUAAACAUUUUAACAAAAUACUCUUUUGAAAUAUUUGGCAUAUUAACUAACUAUUGUACUUAAACAUACUUUUAGAAUGCUUAUAUACGGGCAUUCCUAUUUUUCUGUUUGUCUGUUACAAUGUCCUACUGACAGUUGUAGCGUAUUAAAGGCUGGUCCUUAAAUGUUGACGUCAGAUAGAAAUUUAUCUUUGCUUGAAGCUUCUACAAACGAUUGUCCUGGUUUGAUUAUUUAUUCAAACUUGAAGAAGAAAAAUAAUCAUAAUAUACAAGUUUGAUAUUGCGCUCUAUCUAGCUAGACUAAGCCACUCUUAAGCGUUUUAAAGUACAUAGAUAUACAAAAAGUAAAAUGUCACUUACAAUAUCUUUUUCAUUUUCCAAAUAUAUAUUAAGAAAUAUUUUUAACAGGUAAUUUCGUAAUUGUCACGUAAGUACAUCUGAGGUAGAGUUUGUUCUGUAGACUUAUUAUGGUAGUAUUUUUAAGGAUAAUGGUGAUGUUUUAUUUGUUGUUAGAUUGUACAUUUCUGCGAAUAUUGUUAUGUCCAUGUUAUUUUAUGUUGACACUAUAUGUAUAUAUUUGAUGGAUAUUUAUUUUGCAAACUCAGGUAGAUUUCAUUUAAUGACGUCUUAAGUAUCAUGAUUAAAAUGGCAAAAUGAAUGAGUUUUAUCUAUAUCAAACAGUACUCUGUAGCCAUCUUAAUCCAUCAUGGUAGUUGCAAUGUACGUUUCGUAAUUUAUUUUGUAAAUACUAAACCACAAGCGUUACACAUGGAUAUUCAAGACACAGUGUACUACUUUUAAUUGUCUUUCGUCUCUUAUGGCAUGCCAGAAGUUCAUAGUUGUCUGUUUUUCAAUUGACAUGUUUUUUAAUCAUAGUUAAAGUUACUACAUCCUUUUUGGAUUUUAUAAAUAAAGUAAAAAUGUGAUUUUGCGUACAAUUUCAAAAACAGCAAUCGUUAAAAAAAGUUUCGGCAACUGCUAUAUCUAGACCAUUCCUUUUUUUGUGGUAUCUUGGUGCCUCUCUGGAUUUUGAAAAGGAUAAAUAUAAUAAAGUUAAAACUAUAUCUAAUUAAGAUAAUAAAACAAAUAGACAUUUAAUUUUACUUUUUUUAUAUAGACAUUCACAAUGCAAUGUACAAGGCUGACUGAAGUUUUCUAUGAACAAAGCACAUAACUCCGAAACAAGAGGAUAGAACAGACAGGUUCCAUCAUUGUUAUGAUAAAUAAAUUGUAUGCAAAUGUAUUUUAAUAUAUACUAAUCGUGUAUAUUUCACACAUACAAUGGUUUUAACAUGAUUAACUUUAUAAUUAAAAUACUGUCAUAUACGGAAUGAAAGUUGUUUAUGAAUGAAACACAAUUUAAAGGAAAAUGAUUUUGUUUAUGCAGCGCACAAGUAACAGAUAAGAAUCGUAUAAUCCAGUUAUGUACAUAUGAGCAUUCAUUUUUAUUAUCACAAUCGCAACACGGGCUGCCGCUGUUUCGUUCCAGGGGGUCCUUUCCACAUUAACGUCCAUUAUCCUUGAGACACUUGAUAUCUUGUAGAAAUAUGUUGUAUAUUCUUAAAAUUUUAAUAGCUCAUAAAAUCUACUAACAUAGUAAUUCCUCUUAUCACUUUCCUUAGACAUUGUUGCCAAAGUUCUCAAAAUACUAUCCAUUUAUCUGGUGAAAUUUUAUAUUUCAAAUAAUUAAAUGGUUAAAUGGGAGUAGAGCAAUUCGUGAUAAGCUGUUGUGGUAAAAGUUGCUAAUAUGUUAGUUAUUUCCUUGGAAAAUGUCCAGAAGUAAUUAAUGAUGACUUGUAGCACGAGUAUGCAACGUCAAAUACUUUCAUUAUUAUGUUCAACAAAUUAUCUCUGAGUCUUUAAUAUUUUCUUCGGCAUGACAGCAAUCAACAGUAUCGCUGUCUUUCAACUAUGGUUUUCAAAUAAAAUUAAUCAUCUUAAAGAAAAGCAAUUUCAAAACUGAUAAAACCCCAGCCUGGUAUAUAUUCAAUCAAUAAUUGGUUUGCCCUCGUGUUGGAUAUCGGAAUACCUUAAUUGCACAACCAUUACCUAGACGUGGAAUAUUUUUUAUACGAAUAUACUCAUGCCAUAAAGACUGUGUUCCUUCACUCAUGAUUCAAGUUUACGUUCUUAAUCUGACAAUAGUUUCUAAGGAAAUAGAACAAGAAGAUACUUAAUUAUCAAUUCACAGCGUGUGUAAAUCAUUUUUAUCAGUUUCCACAAUCUGAACCAUUUUACUCUUUCAGUCGCAUGUUGUGUAAAAGGCUUUUUUUCUCCUCAAAAUGAUUUGAGCUUUAACGUUAGAUGAAGAGAUAGUAUUAAUGUAUACAUGACACAGAAUUCAGGGAUUGUAAAGAUGAAAGGGACCUUUAUCACUAAAGUGGUGCACUCUCUUUGUUUUUAGAGUUAAUUGAUGAACACUGUCAUAAGAUUUAGCACAAUGAGUCAGUCUAUUUGCAGUGGUUAAGUGUUGCUUCCCCGUACUUUAUUUCUCGGACUCGUGUGUAAGUGUGCUGGGGGUAUACUGUAGAGGUGAGUCAGUGGCUUCACCAUAUGUUAAGAUGUCUGCGGCGAAAUUAUCUUUAAUUAUUAUUGUGUCUGUAGGUACUAUCUUCUCCCUCUUUAAAUAAAUAUCCCUUUUUUUUUCCUUCGGCAAAAUACAUCGAGUGAAUGACGUCAUACAAAAGUUGGUUCACUUUCCAGUUCUUGUAUCACGCACUGUAAAUGCAAUUUAAACGGUUGGUGUACUUCUGUAUUAAAUUAGAUAUCCCCAGCAGUAGAACCAUACCUAAUUAAAAACAAACAUAAACAAAGACAUACAAAUACCAAUGCACAUGCAAUGUAAGUAAUAUAGGCUCCAUCUUAUCUGGUAUAUAAUUCAAGAACAAAGUAUUAGCAUAAAGGUCUGCAAGUUAAAUCUAUCUUAAAUAUAUGUGAUAUAAAAAUUGUUUCUUUAAGCUCUUAGUUUUAUAUUUGGUGAGAAGAGGAUUAUUUAAAACAAAACAAAAACGAAAAAAAAAUACUUCUUUUGAGUUUUCCACAAAUUGUUUGAUAUGUUUUGUUAGUUUUUAUAACCUGCUCCCACUCUCAACCCCUUUCCAACGAAUUCCAAUACCAGUUGUUAUUCUUCCUAUGAUUUAUAAAAAUGUACUGACUUGUGUGUCAUGUAAAUGCUGCAAUACAGCAUAAGUUCACAUAUUUAUAUUCAAUGUGUGCCUGUGUGCGUGAUGGUAAGUGUGAGUGGGAGAGAAAGAAAGACAUUACGAAAUACACAUUAUUGUACUUAACAAGUUAUGUUAUAUACAUGGCCAGUAUAGUAUCCAUGUACAUAAAUGCGCCCUACCUUGGUCCAACCCACGGUCCUAUACUUGUCCACUUGUGCGCCAAAGUAAUUGAUGCCGUCCUUUCUGGCAGCUCACUGCUGUCGUAGUUUACAUUGUUGUGCCAGUGUUGGGCUGCCGUACGACAGUUUGUACAGUUGUAGUCGGCCUGUUAGCGCAGACAUAUGUUAUGAUGUUGCUGUUAAAGCUUUGAAUCAUGUACAUUAUCACCAUGUGAUCUAUUUAUAAAUGAAUUGUAAGAGUAAAGCUAAAUAAAAUGUUUGAAACUUGA